UCUAUAACAGCUCAGUGUGCACAUCAAGAAACACCAUACCUAUUAUAAGGGCUCACCCACUAUAAAACCCCUCUCUCUACUAUCUCAUUCCCUCGUUCUUCACUUUCAACAACUUCGUCUCAUCAUUUCUUGUUAAUUUAACUAAGAUAUGGCUACAAAGAAGAGUGUUGGCUCACUAAACCAAGCCGAUUUGAAGGGUAAAAGGGUGUUCGUAAGAGUGGAUCUAAACGUUCCUUUGGAUGAUAACUUGAAUAUCACUGAUGAUACUAGGAUCCGUGCUGCUGUACCCACUAUCAAGUUCUUGAUGGACAAGGGUUCUAAAGUUAUUCUUUGCACUCACUUGGGUCGUCCGAAGGGAGUUACACCUAAGUACAGCUUGAAGCCUCUUGUACCGAGGUUAUCUGAACUUCUUGCAAUCGAGGUUAAGAUGGCAAAUGAUUGUAUCGGUGAGGAAGUUGAGAAAAUGGUGGCUGAACUUCCCGAAGGAAGUGUCUUGCUCCUCGAGAAUGUAAGGUUCUACAAGGAGGAGGAGAAGAAUGAGCCUGAAUUUGCAAAGAAGCUUGCUGCUCUUGCAGAUGUUUAUGUAAAUGAUGCAUUUGGCACUGCCCAUCGUGCCCAUGCUUCCACUGAGGGAGUGGCUAAGUACUUGAAACCUUCUGUUGCCGGUUUUCUUAUGCAGAAGGAACUUGACUAUCUUGUUGGAGCUGUGGGAAAUCCUAAGAAGCCAUUUGCUGCAAUUGUUGGUGGCUCAAAGGUGUCGACCAAGAUUGGUGUGAUAGAAUCCCUUUUGGAGAAGGUGAACAUCCUUAUAUUGGGUGGAGGAAUGAUAUUUACUUUUUACAAGGCACAAGGGCACUCCGUCGGUUCUUCUCUUGUGGAGGAAGACAAACUUGAACUUGCAAAUUUACUUAUUGAAAAGGCCAAAGCUAAGGGAGUGUCUCUAUUGCUGCCCACUGAUGUAGUCAUUGCUGAUAAGUUUGCUCCUGAUGCCAACAGCAAGGUAGUGUCAGCAUCAUCUAUUCCGGAUGGAUGGAUGGGUUUGGAUAUCGGUCCAGAUGCCAUCAAGACAUUCUGUGAAGCAUUGGAUACUACCAAAACAAUCAUUUGGAAUGGACCAAUGGGUGUCUUUGAGUUCGAUAAAUUUGCAGCGGGAACUGAGGCAAUUGCCAAGAAGCUCGCAGAGCUUAGCGGCAAUGGUGUGACAACAAUCAUUGGAGGUGGUGAUUCAGUUGCUGCGGUGGAGAAGGUCGGACUUGCUGACAAGAUGAGUCACAUCUCAACCGGAGGUGGUGCCAGCUUAGAGCUACUCGAGGGGAAGCCACUUCCUGGAGUCCUUGCUCUUAAUGACGCUUGAUCUGAGUUUUUUCAUAUUGUUUUUCAAUUUAAGUGAGUGCUGUUAUAUGGUCGGUUUCACGGCCGGAAGGGACUUAGAAUUACAUUAGAGCUGAUAGUGUAGAUUUGAGUAAAUAAAUGUCAAGUCUCUUGAACAUCUCAAGGAUGUAUUAUUACUUUGGUGCAAAUGGAUCCAUUUUGGAACAUUAUCAUUA